UUCGUGGCCUUCGUUCCCAGCCAUCCUUAUGCUAAACUCUGAUAAUCCGGCUUGUCGGUUUAGAUUGAAAGGUGGGAGGCAAUAAAGCCAUUUCUCCUUCAUCGCCCCCCACCCUUUUCGGCUUUGUUGAGGGUCUCCUCUUGCUCCCCCCUUCCACUCUGCCCCCUCCCCCCCCCAACAGGCUCCUCUUCCUCUCUUUCGGCAGAUUAUUUCCCACCGAGAAAGUAAGCCAAGCUUUUUCUACGGCAGCCCAAUCCGGAACGCCAUGAAUCUAUUCCGCUUCCUGGGAGACAUCUCGCAUCUGUUGGCUAUAAUCAUCUUGCUGUUGAAAAUUUGGAAGACCAGAUCCUGUGCUGGGAUCUCUGGGAAGAGCCAAGCUCUCUUUGCCAUUGUCUUCACUACUCGGUACCUAGACCUAUUUACAAACUACAUCUCGUUGUAUAACACCUCCAUGAAGGUGGUGUAUGUCGCCUGUUCCUAUGCUACAGUAUGGAUGAUCUAUAGCAAAUUCAAAGCCACCUAUGAUGGCAACCAUGAUACCUUCAGAGUGGAAUUCCUGGUUAUUCCAACAGCAGUGUUAGCUUUCCUAGUAAAUCAUGAUUUCACACCCCUAGAGAUUCUUUGGACCUUCUCCAUCUACCUGGAGUCAGUGGCUAUUUUGCCACAACUCUUCAUGGUCAGUAAAACAGGUGAGGCAGAGACCAUCACAAGUCAUUAUCUCUUCGCUUUGGGAGUCUACCGUGCCCUCUACCUGUUCAACUGGAUUUGGCGCUAUCAGUUUGAGGGGUUCUUCGACCUCAUUGCCAUUGUGGCUGGCUUGGUGCAAACGAUACUCUACUGCGAUUUCUUCUACCUCUACAUUACAAAAGUUCUAAAAGGCAAGAAGUUGAGUUUGCCUGCAUAAGUAAAGAUCAAGACUGCAACGAAAUAUUUGGCCAAGGAGAAUGAAGGGAAUGCUUCACAGAAAAUUCGAUGUGCAGAUUCAGAUUCCUUUUAAAAUAUUAGUGUCCUAUUGAUCUCAACUUCCACCCUGAACUUUGAUCUAAGUGUGGUUUGAGACAAAACAACGGAUGGUCCUUUUACAAAACAAGACUGCUAUAAUUGGGGGUGAUGUGAAGCACAGCUUGAAUCCCAAGCUAACAAUGACUACUCCUGGUUAAUAUGUAAAUUGUAGUUUUUGCGGGUUUUUUAACCCAUUUUGAUCAUUCUGUGUCUAUAAUGCUUGAGUAUUAUUUUUGAUGAAUCAGCACAAGUAGGGAAUACAUUUUUUAAAAACCUGUUCUAUCGUCUUAGUUUGCACUCAUUAUUUUGGGUGUUAUGUUGAUAAAUGCUAAUAUGAAAUGCAAGCUUUUCUGUUCAUGAAGGCCUGGUGCUACAAAGCUAUCCAGAUAGACAGGAAUGCUUGCAAAUUGUUUCUUUCUUUUAAGUAUGGGUUUCCUUGGAUCUGUUUUUGAAACAUUAGUGGCAAGAAAAUACCUUUCUCCUUUAAAUAUUUGUCACUUACUUUCUUCAUUUUUGUAUUAUUUGAUGGUUAAAUCUUCAUCCACUACAAAUAAAAUGGAAAAACUCUUCCCCUUAUUAAUUAGUGCCUUUGUGGGAAGGAUGGGAAUUUAAAUAAAAAUAAAUUCUGCUUUUUGGCAGUUUGUAA